GUCUCGCCAGACGAAGGUAAGACUUGGCCUUCCUCCAUUAUUCUGUCGCCACUGUCAAGGGGGAAAACAAGACAGACCAGCUCAACAUCGCCUGCCAACCAGCCCAAUGUCUUCUAUCACUAGUACUAACAUUGGCCCGCUCACUACAACCUUUACACCAUCCUUACCGACCUGCACUAGUAUUUUUUACGCACAAAAUCCCGGUGCAAGUUGGCUCGCACUCAAACAAGAUAUAAAUUUCUGUUUGCCCCCUGGGUUUAACCGCGCACCAGAAUACUUCUAUUCACCUGGAAUAUGUCCAUCUGGAUACGACUAUGCCUGCACGGUAGUUCCCUCGACGACGGAUGGUGUCGUUGGAUCAACAGUAGCGACAUGCUGCCCCAGCUCAUACACAUGUGUCAACACACGCCAAACUGGUGCACUGGAUGAGAUCUACGCCUGUCAGACAACUAUCUCCUCUCAAAGCACCCUGACAAUUUCAAGUCUAUUCUUUGGGACCAGCACUAUAGUGGGCAAAAUAGUUACGACGGCGAACUCGGGAGAUCUCAUCUUCGCUGAAGGAAUUGCUAUCGCAAGAGCGAGCACCGAUCCAGCCUGGCCAACAACCUCCUCAAUUACGUCAACGACAACGCUGGUUUCAAUACCGUCGAGGACAACAAGCCAAUUCGUUGUUGCGACAGGAACGGCAAAGGCUUAUAAAGGUGCCAACCUCAAUGAUGGUGCGAAAGCCGGGAUCGGCAUAGCAGCUGCGCUGGGCGGCCUAUUAUUAAUUGGCCUUGGCUACCUGAUAUCUCGAUGGCGCCACCAAAAACGAGCAACACAUCAGGGUGGUGCUGCUACUGAAAGUCAGGUGCACGGUCAGGCUAGGGAGGGGAAGAUUUCAUCCUACGAGAUGCCUGCUGGAGCUGAGUCUAGGGGGGCGGAGCUUUCAUCCUACGAGAUGCCUGCUGGAGCUGAGUCUAGGGGGGGGAAGAUUUCAUUCUACGAGAUGCCUGCUGGAUCCUGCUAAGGAGUGGUUAGAG